GCAAGGCGAGUGGAGAGUGCGCCGCACUCGAGCGCCUGGUCUCCCAGCAGCUGCAAGGCCCAACGACCAGCACAGCGCGCUACGAGUUCAAUUUCGUGCUGCACGCCGGCUUCAUCGCAGUGGCCUUCGUAGUGGGAGCUCUCCUAGGUGUGCGGGCUUUCAAGGCGGACGGCAGCAUCCCGGCGAGCUUGCAGGGUGCCAACAUUUACAAUUUCAGAGCCGGUGCCGAACCUGAUCAGGCCGCGCUGCGUGGGCUGAUGGAGGAGGCACAGGAUCUGGUGGCACUGGCCGGCCGCGGAGUGGCUCCGCCAGGGGCCGAGCCUGAGGUCUGGCUGUUCGCGGAGUCGAACGCGGUGUUCUCGGCCGGGGACGAGUGCCCAGGGCAGCCAGAGGUGUUUGUGGAGAAGCGCGGCCUCGCUCGCGCUGGGCUGGAUGUGCUCAUGGUUGAGAAGGUGGCGAGGAAUCAGGUCGAGCAGUGGAAGACGGCCCACGCCGCCUCCAGCGACGCGCGGGUGCUGCCGGCGCGGUAUUCCCCCUCUGGUGAGCGGCUGCGCAGCUGGGCGGACGUGGCCGAGAGCGUGAACGAGAGUGCGAUCGACCACUGGCCCGUGAAGGGGCCAAGGACAGCGCAGUGGGUGGCCCGCUUCAUGUCCCGACGCAACACAGGGCUGGAGGACCACCACCGCUGGUGGAGGUCGACCGCUCGACUCAACGCCUCAGACUUGGGCGUGGCCGAGCACGGCCAGCUGUGCUCGUACCUGGAGGCGGCGGGGGGCGUGGACCAGCUCGACCUGUCGAAUUUGGUGGUGAUGGAGAAGAUCGCACGCCGACUCCAGACUAUAGAGUACCAGUACGCGGAGAAGGUUCGGGAGGGCGAGCGCGGUGGCACCGCUGGCGCGUCUUCCGCCGUCGCCGGCUCGGCCGUCAUCGCGAAUGACGAGAUGGACCUGUUCGAGGGGCGGGAGCGUGUCAAUCCUACGGCGUGCUGCGCCCCGACGCUCAUUGAGCACGUGAGUAAGGAGUUAGAGAAGGAAUCGCAGAUCCAGAAGCUUAGUCACAGCGCCGCGUCCGUCCUUACGGACAUGUACCUGGGUGGUGCUCCGUGCUGUCCUGCUGGUGCUUCUUCGUCCCUGGGCGAGGGCAGCAUGGGGCACCUCCGGGGUCGUGAGGAAGUCCAGGAGUGGAUGAGCGAGCAUGUGCUGCCAAACUCGGUGGGCAUGCACAGUUUUGAAGUGAGCAAGAUGAAGAUGUAUCAUGACCCUGGUCUGCGCAAGUCAAUGCGCAGAUAUGCACGCGUGCUUCAGAUGCUGCGUGACAGGAACAUGGUUGAGUUUGUGUGCGAGGAAAGUGACGCAUGCGUAAGACUUUUUACUGCGCGCAAGAAGAGCGGUGCCCAGCGCCUGAUUGCCGACUGUCGGCAGUCAAAUUGCUUUUUCACAAGUAGUGAUCACGUCGAGCUGCCCACGUCGGGCGCCCUGUCCAGGUUGCGGCUCGAGGCCGGAGAGCAGCUGCAUGUAGGUCAGUACGAUUUAAAGGAUGCUUCCUUUCAGUUUGGAACACCCCCCGAGUUGCGGAGAUUUUUCCAUCUGCCCCCCAUUAAGGCAAAGUGGAUGAAGCAGCUGCUCCCCGACAUUCUGAGCACUGGAGGGAUUGUGCGACCUCGGCUUACUGUUAUGCCGAUGGGCUGGGUCCACGCGCUGUACUGGUGCCAGACAAUACACGAGAGGUCGAUGUCGUCGGAGUUGGGGGAGAUCUACUGGGGCUCAGUGUCUCGGGAGACGGUCGGAUCUUGCCACGGCAUGAAGGGAGAUGGAAGGUGUUGGACGAGGCCAGCAAGUAUUCAGAUCGGUGGCAUUUCUUGGGCGGAGGUCGUGUUAGUCCUCAGGCUGUACUGGAAGAAGGGGAUGACGAUGGCGCUGGGGCACCUGAAGGUUCCUUGCGAGGAGUGCCUCCUGUUCCUGGGCUUCACACUAGCCUGCUGCAUGCUAAGUGGCAUACGGAUCCUCGCCUGCCGCGACGGCGCCUGGCCCCUGCCACAGCGCCAGAGCAUGUGCGUCGGCGAGUUCGGCGACGGCAGGCGAUCGUUCCUCCGUCGGCUGGCGGGGCUGGCGCGGCGCACGGGGAUGGUGAUCGCGCAGAGCGUGACGGGCGCGGAGCUGGACCAGGCGCAGGAUCGCAUCAUCCGCUUCCUCGGCCAGAUGAGCGCGGUGAGCCUGGACGCGGCGGUGGCGGAGCACCUCAGCGAGGAGUUCUUCGAGGGCACGACGGGGGGCGAGGGCGGACGGUUGCUGGCGGCGCUGUCCUGGGCCUUCGCUUCCGUGGGCAAGCAGGCGUGCAACCUCCCUCGGGCGCGGACAUGUUCCGCGGCGUUGCGCCGACUUGCUCUGGGCGAGUCGAGGCUGCCAGUGCCCGAGAGCCUCCUCUUUGUGGUGGCGAACGAGCUGAUCGCACAGGGGAAGUUGCAGCAAGGUGUAGCGGUUUUGGCGGCGCAUCACUGCCACCUUCGCCCCGGCGAGCUGUCCCGCACCACGCGGGGGGUGACCCGCCCGCCAGUCAGUGCGAGUGGGCCCGGGGCCACAGUCACCAUCGUGCUACAUCCUUUCGAGCUCGGCGUGAGCUCCAAGGUGGGGGAGUUCGACGAGACAGUAAAGGUGGACUGGCCACCUCUUGCUACGGCGCUCCUUCGGCUUCGACGGAUCCGCCCAGCAAGCGAGCGCCUGGCAGGGAUCGGGUCGGUGGCCCUCGGCGAGAGCGUGGCGCAGAUCAUCCGCGAGUUCGGCUUCGAGGAGGCGAUCGGCGAGUUCAUGAUGCAUCGUCUCCGUCACUCAGGGCCAGGUGCCGACUUCCUGGCAGGCUCCAGCGGGCCUGCGCGCACGUUGAUCGUGCCCUUCUUUUUAGAGAUCUUUGCAGGCGCGGCUCGCGUGUCCAGGGAGAUGUCCUGGCUCGGCUUCCUGGCGAUCGCUAUCGACACUCGGUUCGACGUGAGCCGGGCGUUCGCCAUGCUCCAGGGGAUCAGCGAGUUCACGUCGCCGUGUGUUUGGGCGGCGCCUCGCACACGUUUGGACGAGUUCUUGGUGUUGGAGCCGCGCUUCACGUUGGACCAGAGCUCGUGGUUCGCACGCCGGGUGCUGCUCAUCUACGCCACGUUCAAAGCCACGAACGCAGCCCGGAACGGCCAGGGGAUGGACACGAGCGACGCUUGGCAGCAGGCGUUCAAGGAGGGCGCGGCCUCCCGCCGUGACCUCGGCUUUCUGACUGGGCACACCU